AUGCACUCACUAAGCUCAUUGUUGGCGCGCAUGCAAACACUCAGCAGUAGCGAGUGCCUUCUCGACUCCAUGACGAUCAUCGAUGUCCUCCGUUUCAUACAAAUCACGCACCACAUCAAGUCCGAGAUCGCGCUGCACAUUCCCCAUGGUUCUCUUGCGCCUCCUUCGUUUCUGCCACUCUAUAUCCAAUGCCUCUUGAUGCUUAUUAUCGGGUUUCCUGAGGCACAUGUAGUGCUCCUAUGGUCAGUAUUCAAGGACACUAUUUGGGACUUGGAUAUUUCAAUGCCACUGUGCGAGCAAGACAUCCAGCUCAUUAGCAAAUAUGGUGAUGCACCAGAACUCCCAGGUCGAGAACAACUAGCGGCCUUCAUGUUUUACCCACCAGUAUCAUUGUGUACGCUCUGUAAGAUGCCCCUCAAGUACUCAAAACUCUCCCGGUAUCGUGUCACCUACUUCUCGGUACGCCAUGGCAGUCAGCACGCAUACAUGACUUCAAUUGGUUGUCAAGCAUGUACGGCUAGAUUCUAUCCAACAUACUACACACAUGGCUCCAUGCAUCACUACUACUCACCGCAAGUACCAGAGAUCAUUCAAAUCAAGGAGCAUGCCCUUGUCUCAGCCGAUCUGUGCGAACUAUUUACCUUUUGCAUGCUCUUUGCAUGGGUAUCAUCGCAGAAUUGUAGCCACAUAUUCAACACGGCACUAUCAGGAGUGGCUGAUGGCAACCCACCUUCUUCGUUGGUCCUUACAUCGGAACAAGAAGUGAUGGAGGCCCGCAACGAUGAGUAUAUUAUUCAUGGCCAACCACAACGGAUGCAUGCUUGUAUGACCUACUCCUUCCGUGCUGUUGUUACAGACGGUAUCACUCUUGGUCGGCCAUGUUGCAAGGUUCAUAACUGCACACAACCCUUACCCACCAAUCGAGCCCAUUUUUGCAAGUUUCACGAGAAACUUAAACAGCAGUGUGUCUUUGUUGAUUGCGACCGACCUGCUGAACAAACAUUCCAGACUUGCUCCGAGCCUGCACACCGACAAGCAGAGAGUCAUCACAAGGCCAAAGGAAAAGGCUUCUUUCAGUUGCGAAAGCGACUCGAGCGGCAUAAUAUAGCACAUCUUGAAGACUCUGUGGCGCCACUAGAUACGGAGACAAUUGCAGACGGUCAAGACCUUCCCAUGGAUCCAGUCCACAAGUCCGAUGCCGGCAAUCAGACAGUGAAGGCACGGUUUGGGCGUCGUCGAACUCACAAUGAGCAGCUUGUAGUAGCUUGCUGUGGAGUGAUCACAGGCCGAGCAACUAUGUUUGGUGCUGAGGCCAUUUCUGGUGUGAAGGAUGCCUUGAAGUCUAUCUACCAGAUGCCACAAGAUCUACCAGAUGUUAUCUUCUUCGACAACAACUGUAGCCUACAAGCUCAUCUUCAAAAGCAACGUGAUACUUACUUCCAAGGCACCUUGCUUCCAGUUGAUGUAUUCCAUUUUUCGAGCAAGCACAAACUCUCCGACGACUUCUGCCAGCGACACUGUAACCCAGCACAAUGGCCGGAAUUGGUUAAUGAUGAUGGCAGCUGGAAAUUCAAUUCGUCAGUUGCUGAACAAACCAAUGUAUGGAUGGGAGGUUAUAUUGUGAUUGUUCGUGAGAUGCUCCCACAUCGCUACGAGUUCUUCCUGGAUGAAAUGAUCAAACGUCGCAACCAAUUGCUGAUACGUCGACUCCGAAAUGAAGGCAAGGUGCCAUAUUGUAUUCCUCAAUAUGUAGUAGCAUAG